CAGCGUCAACUUUAGCCGUCCCAAGCUUUGGACCAUCGCAAUAGGACUGUUUUGAACAAUGGCAUUUGCCGUAGAUCCCUCUGCCCACUGAUUACCACCAAUCAAUAACCAUUUUGUUGAGUCUAAUCACCCGACCACGUGCAGCGUAUCGCUUCUUUUCGAAAUUGUGAUAAAACGUGAUACAGGAGGUUGCAGUCUUUCAUUCGUGGUCAUUCUAUCACCACGCGCCUUAUCAAAAUCUUUAACAUGAUCAACUUUUCGCUUCGCUAAUGUCAAAACAAGGGUACCUCGACAAGGUUAUCUUUAUCGUCGUUGAUGUAGACAAUUUUCUGCAAUUGGAUAAAUCAGUGUGGUGCUUUUGGCAGUAGUUGCGAGUUCUGUUUGUUGCUGUUGUUUUGAGUGGUGUUUUUAUGUGGCAAAAGUUGUGGAGUACUCAAAAGGAUAAUUCGGAAAAAACUUUGUCGGACUCCGACGAUAGCUGGCAAAAGAUCGACGAGGAAGAAUUGAUACAAGCAGCCGACGAAGCAAGAGAAAUGGAACCAGUGCGAGAAAAUGGUGUCCACUGGACCUUAGGAGAUGAGAGCCGAGAACAGGACGACACCUUUCCCCAAAAUGGUGAUAUCACAGAUAGCUCACCGCCCGCCGCUCCAUCUAACGGCCAAGGAGGACUCACGCCUGCCGAACAAAAAGCUCUCAUCGAAAGGAGAAAAAGACUUAAGCCAAGCAUGUCUCAGGGAACUGUUAUGUUACAAAAUCGUCUGCAAGAGAAGGAUUUCACUGUCGCCACACCCGAGGAAUUCGUUAAACGUUUCAAUGGGACCAAAGUUAUUAAUAAGGUACUGAUUGCUAAUAAUGGAAUUGCUGCUGUCAAAUGCAUGCGUUCGGUUCGUCGCUGGUCAUACGAGAUGUUCAAAAACGAAAGGGGAGUUCGCUUCGUCGUCAUGGUAACACCAGAAGAUCUAAAAGCCAACGCUGAAUAUAUCAAAAUGGCGGACCACUACGUUCCUGUACCCGGAGGGACCAACAACAACAAUUACGCUAACGUCGAACUGAUCGUAGACAUCGCCACCAGACUCCAAGUACAGGCUGUGUGGGCUGGUUGGGGCCACGCUUCUGAAAAUCCCAAACUGCCCGAACUUCUACACAAAAACGGCAUAGCUUUCAUCGGCCCACCCGACAAAGCUAUGUGGGCAUUGGGUGACAAAAUUGCCUCUUCGAUAGUCGCUCAAACGGCUGAUAUUCCAACACUGCCAUGGUCGGGCUCCGAUUUGAAGGCCCAAUACACAGGAAAGAAAAUCAAGAUAUCAUCAGAACUCUUCGCCAGAGGAUGUGUUCAAACGGUCGAACAAGGUCUCGCCGCAGCCCAGAAGAUCGGCUUUCCUGUGAUGAUCAAAGCUUCCGAAGGCGGAGGCGGCAAAGGUAUCCGCAAAGUAGAAAACGCCGACGACUUCCCCGCCGCUUUCCGCCAAGUACAAACCGAAAUUCCCGGUUCGCCGAUCUUCGUGAUGAAGUUAGCCAAAUGCGCCCGCCAUCUCGAAGUUCAACUCUUAGCCGAUCAGUACGGCAACGCGAUUUCGCUGUUCGGCCGCGACUGCUCCAUCCAAAGACGACACCAAAAAAUCAUCGAAGAAGCCCCGGCUGUGAUCGCGGCGGCCUCAGUUUUCGAAGACAUGGAAAAGGCGGCUGUGCGUUUGGCCAAAAUGGUGGGGUACGUCUCGGCGGGAACCGUGGAGUACCUUUACGACACCUCAGGCCACUACUACUUCCUGGAGUUGAACCCGAGGCUUCAAGUGGAACACCCUUGCACGGAGAUGGUGUCGGACGUGAAUUUGCCAGCAGCGCAGCUACAAAUCGCGAUGGGGCUGCCGCUGCACUACAUAAAAGACAUCCGGUUGCUGUAUGGAGAGUCUCCGUGGGGCAACUCGGAGAUCGAUUUCGAUAAACCGAGGCAUAAGCCUCAACCGUGGGGGCACGUGAUUGCCGCUCGCAUUACUUCGGAGAAUCCGGAUGAAGGGUUCAAGCCGAGUUCGGGCACGGUACAAGAACUUAAUUUUCGGUCGUCGAAAAACGUGUGGGGGUAUUUUUCGGUGGCGGCGUCGGGUGGGUUGCACGAGUUUGCGGAUUCGCAGUUUGGACACUGUUUUUCGUGGGGUGAGAAUAGGGAGCAGGCUAGGGAGAAUCUGGUUAUUGCGUUGAAGGAGCUGUCGAUUAGAGGGGACUUCCGGACUACCGUGGAAUAUCUGAUCACGCUAUUGGAGACCAAAAGCUUCCAGGAAAACACCAUAGACACUGCCUGGUUAGACAUCCUCAUCAGCGAAAAAGUCGAAUCCGAAAAACCCAACGUCAUGUUAGGCGUCAUUUGCGGCUCCUUGCACAUAGCAGACAAAACAGUCAGCACCGCCUUCCAAGAAUUCCAAAACUCCCUCGAACGAGGACAAAUCCAAGGCUCCAACACUCUGACCAACGUCGUCGACGUCGAACUAAUCCACGGCGGAAACAAAUACAAAGUCCAAGCCACAAAAAGUGGCCCAAACACCUAUUUCUUGAUGAUGAACGGCACUUUCAAAGAAAUCGAAGUGCACAGAUUGAGCGACGGAGGAAUCCUGCUUUCCGUCGACGGCUCCUCGUUCACAACAUACAUGAAAGAAGAAGUCGAUCGUUACCGGAUCGUCAUAGGCAACCAAACCUGUGUCUUCGAAAAGGAGAACGAUCCCACAAUUCUGCGCUCACCGUCAGCCGGAAAACUCCUAAGUUUCCUAGUUGAAGACGGCGGCCACGUUGAAAAAGGACAAGCGUACGCGGAAAUCGAGGUGAUGAAGAUGGUCAUGACGUUGACGGCAGGCGAGAGCGGGAUCGUCUUCUACGUGAAGCGACCAGGAGCGGUUUUGGAAGCGGGGUCGAUUAUAGCGUCCCUAGAGCUCGAUGAUGCGUCGCUGGUCACGAAAGCGUCGCCUUACAAAGGACCGUUUCCGGAGUUGGACGUCUCGCAGCCGAUAGUUUCGGAAAAGCUGAACCAUAUUCAUAAUAGUUAUAAAGCUAUUCUUGAGAAUACGCUAGCUGGGUAUUGUUUGCCCGAUCCUUACAACGCGCCACGUUUGAGGGAAGUUAUCGAGAAGUUCAUGUCGAGUUUGAGGGAUCCGAGUCUGCCACUGUUGGAACUGCAGCAAGUAAUGGCGUCUAUCUCUGGUAGGAUUCCUCUGGCUGUCGAGAAGAAAAUCCGGCGCUUAAUGAGUUUGUACGAAAGGAAUAUUACGAGUGUGUUGGCACAGUUCCCCAGUCAACAAAUAGCCAGUGUGAUUGAUAGUCACGCCGCUAAUAUGCAGAAACGUACAGAGAGAGACGGUUUCUUCUUAGCAACUGAAGGAAUAGUUCAGUUGGUGCAGCGUUACCGCAAUGGAAUCCGCGGACGCAUGAAGGUGGCAGUCCAAGAACUGUUAAGACAAUACUACGACGUCGAAAGUCAAUUUCAACAAGGUUCUUAUGAUAAGUGUGUAGCUUUGUUGCGCGAGAAGCACAAAGACGAUAUGCAAGUAGUCUUAGCUACAAUAUUUUCACACGCGCAAGUAGCCAAGAAGAACUUGCUCAUUACAAUGUUGAUUGAUCACCUUUGGUCCAACGAACCCGGUUUAACCGAUGAAUUAGCACCGGCCCUAACCGAACUGACUUCGUUGAACCGAAGCGAACACUCACGAGUGGCAUUGCGAGCCCGACAAGUACUCAUAGCAGCCCAUCAACCGGCAUACGAGCUUAGACACAACCAAAUGGAGAGUAUUUUCUUAUCAGCCGUGGAUAUGUACGGACACGAAUUCCACCCAGAGAAUCUACAAAAACUGAUAGUGUCAGAAACGUCGAUCUUCGAUAUUUUGCACGACUUUUUCUACCAUCCGAAUAGAGCCGUGUGUAACGCCGCGUUGGAAGUAUACGUGAGACGAGCAUACACGAGCUACGACAUCACGUGUCUGCAACACUUAGAACUAAGCGGCGAGGUACCACUAGUGCACUUCCAAUUCCUGCUGCCCCCGAAUCACCCCAACAGAUUAAUCAAAAUCGACGAUUUUAAAGAAAACCUAGAUGAAGGACCCAGAAUCGUGGAUACGUUUCAAAGGACCGGGUGUAUGGCAGCGUUUGAAAACUUCCAAGAAUUUGAACAGUACGCCGAUGAAAUUCUUGAUUUGAUUGAAGAUUUUGCCAACCCGGCCACUAUUUCGGUUAAGGAUUUGAUUGCUGUGGAGAGCGGGUCCGAGUCGAGGAACAGUACGUCGAUUAAUGUGAGUCUGUCGCUUGACGGGCAGAGAUCGUACACCGAAGACACCUGCUUGCACGAACCUAUCCAUAUCUUACACGUGGGUAUCAAAGACAAAGGAGAUACCGACGAUGCUGCUAUGAGUAGAAUUUUUAGUAGUUUCUUUGUACGUCACAAGGAAGAACUCAUCAGUAGAGGGAUGAGACGCAUCACUUUCGCGGCACUCAAGCACAAACAAUCACCCAAGUUCUUUACCUUCCGAGCACGCGAUGACUUUAAAGAAGACAAGAUCUAUAGACACCUCGAACCAGCAUGUGCCUUCCAGUUGGAAUUGAAUCGAAUGAGAAAUUACAAUCUCGAAGCGUUACCUACGUCGAAUCAAAAGAUGCAUCUGUAUUUGGGUAAAGCUAAAGGUAUCAAGGGGAAAGAAGUGACGGACUAUAGGUUCUUCAUCAGAAGCAUUAUUAGACAUUCCGAUUUGAUAACAAAGGAGGCUUCUUUUGAGUACCUUCAGAACGAAGGUGAACGCGUACUGUUAGAAGCUAUGGAUGAACUAGAAGUGGCCUUUUCACACCCUCAUUCCAGAAGGACGGACUGUAACCAUAUUUUCUUAAAUUUUGUCCCGACGGUAAUCAUGGACCCGGCGAAAAUCGAAGAGGCUGUUACUAGUAUGGUCAUGCGAUACGGUCCAAGAUUGUGGAAGUUGAGGGUUCUACAAGCGGAAUUGAAGAUGAUUAUUCGUUUAGCCCCGAAUUCACCGACUCAGACAAUAAGGUUAUGUUUAGCCAACGAUAGUGGCUACUAUUUAGAUAUUAACAUGUACACAGAAGUUGUAGAUCCUGAUACUGGAGUCAUUAAAUUUAGAGCUUACGGUAAGAAACAAGGUCCUAUGCACGGUCUUCCAAUUUCAACCCCUUAUCUCGCUAAGGACUAUUUGCAACAAAAACGGUUCCAAGCUCAGUCGUCUGGUACCACCUAUGUGUAUGAUUUUCCAGACAUGUUUAGACAGAUGGUAGAUGCACAGUGGAAACAGUACAUGAACGAACGCAUCUCCGGUGGGUCAUCAAUCCAAAAUAAAAAACAAAAAACUAUUGUCCCUCGUUUUUCAGAACACAUUCAGCUUCCUGAUAAACUAAUGGACUUCGUCGAGUUGAUCCUCGACGAAAGCGAAACCCGACUAAUCGAGCAGAAACGUGUCCCUGGCGAAAACAACGUAGGAAUGGUGGCCUGGAGACUCACGUUGUACACUCCUGAGUACCCUGAAGGCAGAGACAUCAUUGUUAUUGCCAACGAUAUAACAUUCAUGAUUGGGUCGUUCGGACCUCGCGAAGACAAAGUUUACGGACUGGCGAGUGAAAUUUCACGCUGUCUCAAAAUACCAAGGAUUUACAUAGCUGCGAAUAGUGGAGCCCGGAUUGGUCUUGCCGAAGAAGUUAAAAGCAUGUUUAAAAUAGCGUGGGAAGACAAUACCGAGCCAGAUAAAGGGUUCAGGUACUUGUACCUGACACCCGAAGACUACGCCAAAUUAGCGUCCCUGAACUCAGUCAGAGCGGUACUUAUCGAAGAUGAAGGGGAAUCCCGAUACAAACUGACUGACAUCAUUGGGAAAGACGAUGAUUUGGGUGUGGAAAAUCUGAGAUACGCUGGAAUGAUAGCUGGGGAGACUUCCCGAGCCUACGAUGAAGUCGUCACGAUUUCUAUGGUCACUUGUAGAGCGAUCGGUAUUGGGUCCUACGUGGUCCGACUCGGUCAAAGGGUGAUUCAAAUCGAAAAUUCACACAUAAUCCUGACUGGAUAUAGUGCCUUAAAUAAAUUGCUGGGACGCGAAGUCUACGCCUCAAAUAACCAACUAGGAGGCAUCCAAAUCAUGUACAAUAACGGUGUUUCACACAAAGUUGAUCAAGGUGACUUGGAUGGUAUAGCGACCAUUUUGAAGUGGCUUUCGUAUGUGGCAAAAGACAAAAUUAGCCCGCUUCCGGUCAUCAAACCUAUCGACCCCAUCGAUCGUGAAGUUGAAUUUAUGCCAACCAAAACCCCCUAUGACCCGAGGUGGAUGUUGGAAGGCCGACAAUCACCUAAUGAUCCGAAAAUUUGGGAAAGUGGCUUUUUCGAUAGAGGCUCCUGGUCGGAGAUUAUGAAGCCGUGGGCUCAGACUGUGGUGGCCGGGCGCGCACGGUUGGGUGGGAUUCCUGUAGGAGUCAUCGCUGUGGAAACUCGAACCGUUGAGUUGAACCUGCCUGCGGAUCCUGCUAACCUGGAUUCGGAAGCUAAGACGAUAUCUCAAGCUGGCAUGGUGUGGUUCCCCGACUCCGCUUACAAAACAGCCCAAGCAAUCCAAGACUUCUCCCGGGAAGACCUCCCCCUUUUAAUCUUCGCCAACUGGCGUGGUUUCAGCGGCGGUAUGAAAGACAUGUACGAACAAAUCAUGAAAUUCGGUGCCUACAUUGUUGACGGUUUGCGUCAGUACAAACAACCAAUCAUCAUUUAUAUUCCACCUAAUGGAGAAUUGAGAGGAGGUGCUUGGGCAGUCGUAGAUCCUACAAUCAAUGCAAGGUAUAUGGAGAUGUACGCUGAUCCAGAGGCAAGAGGUGGUGUUCUGGAACCCGAAGGAAUUGUCGAAAUUAAAUUCAAAAAGAGGGAUCUGCUCAAAACCAUGCACAGACUUGAUCCUAUUCUCAAAGACUUGGACGAAAAGUUGAAUAAAAUUAAUCAAACCAGGCCGACUGGGGAAAGGACGUCUAGUAUAUCGCAAACGGUUGAACAGAAAAAGCCACCAGAAGUGAUCGAAUUGGAAGCAAAAAUUGCAGAAAGAGAGAAUUUGUUGUUGCCAAUGUACCAUCAAGUGUCUGUUCAUUUUGCGGAUCUGCACGACACACCGGAAAGAAUGUUGGAGAAAGGAACGAUCCAUGACAUUGUACCAUGGCGCAAAUCGCGGUCGAUUUUGUACUGGAGGUUGAAAAGGCUUCUGCUUCAAGAUAAGGUAGUAACGGCAUUGUUGGAGGCACAACCUCUGUUGCAAGGAGGGCAAGGCGAAGCCAUGUUAAGAAGGUGGUUCAUAGAAGAUAAAGGUUCAACAGAGGGUUAUAAGUGGGACGACAAUCAGACUGUAGUGCACUGGAUUGAGGAUCAGUUGCAAAAGCCAACAACUCAGUCAAUAAUCAACCACAAUUUGUAUUGUGUGAAGAAGGAUACUAUAAUAAAUCAAAUUAAUUCUUCACUGGAGGAAUGUCCAGAUGUGGCUUUAGAUGCGGUAGUACAGAUUAUACAAAAAUUGUCCGAUAAUCAAAAAGCUGAAGUGAUUAGGACUCUCUCGCAAUUGGGAUCUCUAGAAAAUAUUGACUAGCAGUAUCAAAGCAAUUGAAAUAUUUUUAGCGCAUUUUGUAUAUUUUAGAAAAGUUUUCUAAAACUAAAAGUGAUCUAUUUUUACAAAGAAACAGAAAAGGUAGAGACGUUAGUGAUAAGACUUAUUUUUAGUUGAAGUUGUAUAUAGGUUUAUAUGCUUUAUUAAUGUAAAAUUGUUGUAUUUAUUUUUUCCGUUUGGAAAACGCUAAGUGUCUAGGAUUACUUGUUAAUUGUUAAUAAUUUUAUUUUGCAAUUUAGGACAUGGUCCAAACUUUGUUAUGAAAUAAAUAUUUUCGAUUA